AUGCUCACAAGUAUACACAAGUCUGGCACCACAACUACGAUGGUCUGCCGACAAAGUGUCCUCAUCCUCAUCCCACUACUUACUCUAGUAUAUAGUGAGGUCAAGGUCGUCGAGAUCAAUGUGUCCAAGUACGAAGGACUGAAAAGCUCGCAACUUAAUAUUCGAGAAAAACGAAAUCAAUUCUAUGCUUUUCAGUUUUGCUUGUGUCCACGUGGUGUCCAGCUGCAAUCUCAGCCAUGGUUUUCUUCAAAAUGCGAAUGUAAACUUACUCUAAAAGGGAAGCGAGUCGCAGAUUCAACUCCUCAUGCGACCUUUCCACCAUCAUGUCUAUCGAAGCCAAAUCCAAGCACGUGCCUCGGAGUCACCUUCUCAAAA